CAUCUACAAAUGCAUAAAAUCAUUAGUAUUACACUUUAACACACAUACAAAUUCAGUAAUACACAUUUGUUUUAAACAUAUAUUGAGAUACACUAUGAUAAAAUAUUCCAAGUUCGUUUUCGUCCCAUUGUCAUAAAAACCGUCCCUUUUCAGAUUACACACCGUCCGAAAUUGGAGUUAUGCGCUGGCAACACUGGUAUGUUGUCACUUUAGUUGGCGUCUUCAAAGAUAAAAAAAAUGUUGUUUUUCUUUAAAUUCUAGUAAAAGGCAUUUUAAAACCACUAAUUGUGAAUAAGGCACUUAAGAAUAAUAGUUAUCCUGUUAAAAACAUCAUAUUAUUCCAUUGGAAUUUUGAAGCUAGAUUAGAAAUGAGACAGAUUCCUCGAUACACUUGUUGUCGUGUCUCAAAUUAUUGAAACAAAACUAAACCAAAAACCAAGUCACACAAUAUAAUAUGUUUCACUAGAUAUAACACUCUAUUUGUCAACAUGGCUCCGCGUAUCAUCCUGUUGUUUAGUGGCAAAAGGAAGUCUGGGAAAGAUUACUUGACAGACCACUUGCAGAAGUUGCUAGGAGAUCGAUGUGAAGUGAUAAAGAUAUCUCAGCCCAUAAAGAGUCAUUGGGCGAAGGAGAAAAAUUUGAAUUUAAAUGAGCUGCUGAGCGACAGCGAGUACAAGGAGCAGCAUAGAUUAGAAAUGAUAAAGUGGAGUGACGAGAUGCGAGACCAAGAUUAUGGCUGCUUCUGUAGAGUCGCUUGUCAAAAUGCUGCCGACAGACCCAUAUGGAUAGUCAGCGAUAUCAGACGCAAAACUGACAUUUGCUGGUUCAAAGAAACCUACAGGGACCUCAUCAGAACUAUCCGCAUAACUGCAGAUGAAGAAACCAGAUUCAAAAGAGGAUAUAAGUUCAAGGAAAGCAUAGACAAUGUCGCUUCAGAGUGUGAUUUGGAUGAUUAUACACAGUGGGACCUUGUCAUAGAUAACGGGAAAGGGAGAGAGCAGCUGCAGGAGCAGUUAGGCAGUAUUUUGGGAUUAUUGUCCCACUUAUGAUUUAGAUCUGACUGUGAAGUUAAAUAUAACAUGGGUUUGGUAUUUUACUAUUUAUUUACAGUAGAUUUUACUGCAGAUGUGACUUAUUUUUAUAUCAGCAAAGAUAGCUAGGAUGUUUGUAUUUUAUUGGUUUGUAAAUUAAAAAUGAGGCAGAGGUGGUGGAACAAAUACAUUUUCAAACUACAGAUCUACCACUUAUUUCAAGUGGUGGCAAAAAAAAUUGCGCGGUGAUUUUGUAGUAUUAGGUAGCCGAGUGUUGAGACUAAACCUAAUUUAUAUAUUGUAUCUUUAUUUAUUUAACAUAAUACAGGAUUCAUGCAGCAGAGCUUUCAAGCAGGCCGUCGCUGUUCGUAAUACCUUUUUACCAACCUAUAUAUACCAUAUAUGUCAUAAUUAAUAUAUAGAUCUACAAUGUCUUAUUUAUUCUUUUUUAUUAUUAUCAAUUUAUAAGAAAUGUAUGUUUAUCAGAUGAGUUUUGUCGUAUACUAUGAGUUCUAGACGUUAACCUUGGCGAAGCCGGAAGAAGGACGGCAAAACUGAGGUCACUAAGGAGCUUUGAUUCAAUAAUAUGUCAUGAAAUCCUGUUAUUAAUGAUGCAGUACUUUGAAAGCAAGGGUUUGCAAGCAUACAUACCCUAACUUCUUUAGUCAUAACAUUUUGGCGAUGAGUAAUUCAUAAAUGAUUAGGCGAAGAUGGGAACGGGUGGCGAAGCUAAAAAAAUUAAGUUUUUACCUAUUUUAAAUAUAAGUAUUUUACGCAGCUCUAUUUCUUGGUAAAAUUAUUGUAGUUAUAUUUGUAGAUUAUUUCAGUGUUAAUAGUUUUGUAAACCCUUAUUUUUGAUGAAUUGCAAUGCAACAUUGAUAAACGCGCUUUGGUCAUUAUAAUCAAGAAGUAAGAAGUUAGUAAUCACAUAGAGAAUUUACUUUGUUGGUAUUAUAUAUUUUAUGUCCGACAAUACUUAGUUGGGUCAUAAGUUCUGUCAAAGAGGUUUUGACUGAUAAAAAAGCUAUAGGUUAAGAUCCCUUAUUAUUCAUAUAUAUUCAAUUCAAAAAAAUCAUUUCAGACUAAUGCGCAUAAAUAAUCACAGAAAAUAUAUGGGUUCAAAACUUAUUUUAUGCUGAAUUACUUACAUUAUAGUUAAACUUAAUUUGCUGUCUCAGAUUUGCACAAUUAAAAAUGUAAUAAAAUACAUGCAUAAAAUACGCGACCUGUUCGAGGUGAUUUGGAUGCCUAGUUAUUUUUCUUGUUUACAUGGUCGAAUCUUACAUAAAAUUAAAGCUGGAUCUUCUAUCUUUCUUAAAAUAUAUAAUUCAUGUGUAUUGGUAUUGCCAACCUGCAACUGUACGUGUUUUACCAAACGUACUCGUAGGAUGGCAGUCAAAAAUUUGCGUAUCACUGAAAAAUACCCUAAGUUUGAAGCUGAACUACAGACUUGUCGGAAAACUAAUUGCAGGUGAUAAAAUAACGUUCUAAUAAAGUAGGUUCAUACAAAUAAACGAUUGUACCUAUUUUAUUAAUGUGACACUGAUUUUUACUCCCUUUAGUAUAAUUUUUCACAAUCCAGCCGCGUAUUUGCGUCUAACGUCAAUCCCAAAGUUAACAAGUAGUAAAUUAAGACGCGAUCUAAAUUUUAAACUAUAUAUAUUACGUUUUGAUCAGUAUAAAACAAGCUUUCAAUUCAUGGUAAACUUUUUUUGUAAUAGCUUUGUAUUCCAUUUAAUCAGUCAAAGCCUUUGUGACAGAACUUAUGACCCAACUAAGUAAUGAAACGAAACGAAGACAAAAAUGGCGGAUAAUCAUUUGAAGUAAAGAAUAAUUUAUUAGUUACAAUUAUAAUUAUCUUUUAAUUAUUAAGCGUCAGGAAGGGUAGAAUUUUUCGUAUUGGUAUUUGUUAUUUUAUGGUUGUGUUUUUAUUAUACGUUACUGAUCACUGUAAUAUACGAUUAUAAAACAUA